AUGUACCGACUGGGUACCCGCCUGGCCGGCUGGGGCACGUGUCUGACGUGCCUGGCCUUUGAGCUGCGCGCCAGCAAGUACGGCCGUCUCUCAGGCCCGGGCGGCGGCGGCGGCGGCGGCAGCGAGACACGUCUGCGGCCGGCCGGCCACUGGAACGCCACCUGGCGGCUGGACCUCACCUUCCCCGACCUGUUCCGUGGCGCGCACCUCAUCGUGUGCACGCUACCCUGGCACGGCGUGGUGACAUACCAGCUGGACGGCGCCGGCGCCGUGGUCAGUCGCAGCGGACUCAGUUUCGUCAUCCUGGACACGCUGGCUCAGGAGCUGGGCUUCACGUACUCGGUGGUGGAGCCGCCGGACGGCCAGUGGGGCCUGCUGCUGGAGAACGGCUCGUGGACGGGCCUGGUGCGCAUGCUGGCGUUCGGCGAGGCGGACGUCUGCGGCCCCUUCUCCUCGACGCCCGCCCGCCAGGCGGCCGUCGGCAGCACAGUCGCCUUCUUCACCGACUACUACGACCUCAUGACGCCCAAGGCCCGGGUCGAUCACGGCGUCUUCAUCUACAAGGAUCCCUUCACGCUUGAGGUGUGGCUCGGUAUACUGCUCACCAUGCUGACCGUGUCCGCCCUGCUGUACGCCAUCAACGGCGCCUCGCCGCGCGGCGAGGACGCGCCCGCCGCGAGCCGCACCGGAGGCCUCUUCCGGGCCGGCAACUGCCUCUGGUACAUAUACGGUGCCACCAUCAACCAGGGCGGGGUGCAUCUGCCGACGGCCGUAUCCGGUCGGCUGGUGGUCGGCUUCUACUGGCUAUUCUCCCUCAUCUGCGACCCGUUGGCGGGCCUGAGUCGGCAGCUGUGGAGCAUGCAGCAGCGCGGCCGCGGCCGGUUCUUCCCUCCGUCCGAGGACGCGCUGCCGCUGGUGAAGGACGGCGGCUGGGUCAUCAUCGCCUCCGCCCUCGACAUCCGCUUCAUGGUCGACGCCGAGAUGCGGAAGGUGCUCGGCCGGGACCCGGGCGCGCGCGAGCCAUGCGAGCUGGAAGCCAUCGCCGCUCACGUCAAGGAGAUCAGCGUCGUGUUUGGCCUGCAGAAGCGCAGCCCCUACAAGCCGGCGUUCGACCGAUACUUGCGGCUGAUGCAGGAGUCGGGCCUGAUCGAGGCGUGGCUGCGCAGCUCACUGCCCAACGCCAGCGUCUGCCUGCCGGAGGACGGCGGCCGGCCGCAGCUGGGCGCCGGGCGCGCGGGCCUCUCACUGGCCGAGAUGCAGGGCGCCUUCUGGCUGCUGUUCGGCGGUCUGCUGGCCGCCGCCGCAGCCCUCCUGCUCGAGCGGCUGGCUCGCUGUCGCAGCCGGCCUACCGCCUGGCACACGGGGUCCGCUCGGGGACGGGCGCGGGUGGCUGAGAUCGUGCCGGUGGAGAGCCACGGCUGA